UCUAAUUCCAAUUCCACCACUAAAUAAGACCCUCUCUCCUUUCUUUCUUCUUUGAUUUUUCUCUGUUUUCUUUUUCUCAAAGGAUAUGGAACACAAAAAGAGAGGGGUAGUUACAAAUGUUCAUGACGACGAUGAUUCAGGAGAUGAGGCCAAGAUGGAGAAAUUUUACUCUUUGCUGCGGAGAUUCCGAGACGCUCGAGAUCGACGAAAGAGCGAGUUGAAGGAGAUGGAGAAGCACGAGAGGAACGUGAAAAAGAUGAACACCAGCAAUGACGAUGGUAUUAAUAAGAAGGCCAAGACGACGACUACUACUACUGCAGAGGAUUCUUUUGAGCUGCAGGAUUUUACUACUGAGAUUGAAUUCAGAAAGCCCCCUUCGGUUUUUCCCAACCCUGUUCGAUGUGAUACCGUUACCGACGCCAGAAAAGGGAAGAAGGAACAACGCCAACAGGAUCGUCCUCUUGACCUCAAACUGACUCUCUAAUUUACUUGCGAUAUUCUUUUUUUUUUAAUUUAUAUGUAUGAUUCAUCACCAUCGACCUUAGGUUUAGGGUCAUUUCAGUUAGUCCAGCUAUCGUAGUCAUAUCAUAAAAUAUUGUACAUAUGCUAUAUAUAUAUACUCGUAGCCUUAAAUUGCUAUGAAAGCA